UAUUUUUAAGAAACAACAGCAAGGGGAUUAUUACCGAUCCAAUAACGAGGAUUAUUCCGGUAUAGGUCACGCCGAAUAACACUUGUUAAAUACAAUGCAUGCAUGUUUGAGUUUGGAUCUUUUACUUUAUGCUCAGCAUGUCGGCUAGGGAAGUCGACCGUGAUACAUAACGACAGGUUCAGCUGCGUAAGCAUUGGUGUUAGUAACUGUACUGAGGACGGAUAGCGAACGCCGUACCGUCCCUUUCUGGUGGGCACGAAACACAAGAAGAGUGACUGCUGGUGUUAACAUAUGACUGUACUGGCGUUUCUUUGUUGUAUGAUGAGUAAUUCCAAAUAACAACCGCAAAAACACCCAACAAAACAGCUGAGUUAUAAAUUCAUGUGGACGAUCUUCAGUAUAUAGCAGUACUAAUAUAUUGUUGUAUGAGGUUUAAUUUCAAAUAACAACCGGAAAAAACCCGCAGCAGGGUUCAUAAAUUCAUAUGGUCAACCUUCCCAUAUUUAUGUGAAGUCAUGUAAAUGAUCGGACGUUGAACAUACCAGGCGACAAAUCUGUGAUAUAAACAUAAAUCACAUUGUUGAAGAGGAGUAAUACCACUACCAGGGGGUAUAUAUGUGUGUGUUUGAUUUGCCAUUUUAAUACUGUGUACACGAGGAUAGCAUUCAGUGUAUAUUCCAAUAAUUGCUUUUUGAUAUGGUGAAUAACAUGCAUCAUAAAUUUUUCUCGACUUACUCCAAUUGUGUGUGUGUUCUAAAGGAUAAGAAUUGAUCAGAUUUCAGUCUAUUAGCUAUGGUUUCUCAUAAGACAACGUGUGGAUUUAAAACUGUCAAAGUGGCAAUACUACAGACAUGUUGUAUAAUAUAUACUACUUAGACGUUUAACUUUCACUACAAGUGUUUGUUAACUACGACUGCGAUAAAUUCGUGAUUUAUUAGUUUGUAUUUAGAAACCCGAGUGAUAACUAACAAUGGAGCAAGGUAGAAAUCAAACGGAAGCUCGCAAUGGCGCCCAGAACGGUGUCGUGGAAGAAAUCACGAUGUUAACGGACAAUGCUGUAUCCACCCACAGCACAAAGAACAUAAAGAUGAAGCAGUAUUUGUCGGUGAAACACGCGCUACCGAAAACACGUCUGUACCACACAAUACUGCACGAGAACGUCAGUCAGGACCGCCAUCUUGAUAUGACGUUGUCCAACAUCAAACGCAGACGACAGAAGGAAUCCGUGUCGUGCGACUUGUCCAGGAGGGCGUUUGUUGCCCAGCAGGACAGGAAGAUAAAGAAAUGGAAGAGGGAAGACGAAAACCGCCUGGCUGGCAUGAAUCUGCCCAGUCUGGCCUACCAGGACAGCACCCAAGGGGGCGAGUCAUCUAAAGAGGUCCUGUACCACCAGCCUGACUACGAAAGCAGACCAUGGAGCACACAGGCCCCCGUCAAACCCGUGCUGCCCAUGCUGAGGAUUAGAAGAGAGAGGACUGAAAUCGUGUCCUUCCAGGACAAGGCGUUCCUCCUGAAGCUGCCGGCCGUGGCCGAGAUAGACUACAAGAAGCUGGAACGCCAUAACACGUACUGCGGCAAGACCAUGCUCUCCCGCGGAGUUCCAAAAAAGGACGAGAGAUUUGAAAGCCUCAACGCACAGCUCCAGGCGGCGAAACUCAAGAAAUGGGAUCAGUACCCUAUCGAGAAUAUAUUCGUUAAAAGUCGCUUGAGCAAAUAUUCGAGUUGGAAACCUUCGGUUUCCGAGUCGCCGUUUGCCGCUCAGGUGAAAGUGGUCGUGGCGUCCAGACCCCGGUCAGUGAAGUCAGUGAGGUCCGGAGACGAUGAAUCGUGCGUGAAAUUGAAUUUCGAAUACGUCACCGAAAGCAGAAGCGCCACGCGUGACGUUUUGUCCUCAAUUAAAGCGAAGCACAUUAAAAAAUUCGCAAAACAUUUAAAAGACAAGGGGAAGGAGGACCCGACGAAAGUUAACAGCGGCGUUGCAAAGAAACUGAAUGACGACAAUGCGCAACUUCAACCUGUCGACGUUUGCUAGUCAAAUAGAUAUUUACAACUGCGUUCGUGUGAGUGUAUUUCUUAAAGAAAACAUCAAGGGCCGUUUCCAUAUGUCUGGGUUAUCGGUGGGUUUUCGAAGCCUAUGGGUAAAAAACAGACGUGUGAAAUGCACCAAAGGGUGUAGGUUUUAGUCACAUUUUUCAGCGUUUUACAUAAUCCAGUGUUAACCCUAUAAGUUUUGAUAUAACCCGGUGUUACGAAACUCGGACAUAUGAAAUCGGCCCUAAGGGUCGAAUUAACGAAACCUGUUUUUAAACAUUGCAAAUACAUGUAAUUACUUGCAAAAAUAGGCUUUGUAAAAUCGGCCCUACAUCUCUACAGUCUUUCGUUUGUCCUGUCCUCAACUGUUACAUAUAAUUUAUUUAUUGACGCAGGCUCGUAGGGACGAUGGGGGGUGGGGGGGGGGGGGG